AUGUUCCGUUUGAAGCCUCUCAAGGUCUAUUAUUGCCUUACGAAAUGCGGGCAUGUGAUCGUCAAGGCGGGAGAACUCGCAACGACGCAGGGAACUCAAUUUCGCGUUCACAGCGACUCGGACGAAGAUCUCCUUGCGACGAUACGCAGGCGCGCGCCUAUCCCCGAGGUUCUUCAUAAUUGCCGCCCCGGUGGGCUCGUCGAGCGAGCUGCAGAUCUCUCGGAUUUGCGAUGGACCGUUGAGCCCGAGGCGCAGUCUGGCGCAGUUCUGAAUCGAGGCUCCAACGCCCGCCCGCGCCCGCGACAGCGAGAGCACGCGGCGGACGCGUAA